AUGUAUACCUUCUCAUCGCGAUUGAGCAACGCAAGCCGACGCAGCUCGACUCUCUUCCGAGCUGUUGUGCUGAAACGGGCCGCACGCGACUGGGCACCAGCCACCGGUACACGCCCCCAACAGCCUCUAAGCGUCCCCUACGCCCAUACCCCCGUCAGCAAAGAGGCCGCCGACUCCGAGACACUCGCCGGAGAUCUCCGCGAGCUCUUCUCCUUGCUCUCCGACUCCUCCCACACCGAGGAGCUCACCCGCCCAAUCCAAGGCACCGGGGAAGCCAAACUGCGCGAGCUGGGCUUCCGCACGCGCGCCUUCAGCCGCCUGUUUCAGAGCUGGGAGCGACUGCACCUGGUCGAGGCCGGCGAGCAGAUGCUCGUGCGCAGCGACCUUCUGCAAACGCUGCAACGCACGCCCCACGUCGCGAGCCAGCUGCACCUGGACCCGGUCGAGCUGACCCACCGCUACGAAGCGGCGCGGGCGGUGGUCUCUCACCUCUCGCGCCAACUCUUCGACUGGAGCUGGCCCUACUUCGGGGACCUCCUGGGUCUGCACGCCCAAUACUGGGCCCCGAGCCGGGGCAUCGUGUUCACAGCCGGCAACGCGCAAGCCCCGUACCUCCUCACCUCCAUCCGCUCGCUGCGCGCGAUCGGCUGCGAGCUCCCGAUCGAGGUCAUGUAUCUGGGCGACGAGGACCUGGACGAGGAUUUCCGGGAGGCGCUGGAGGGGCUGCCGGGCGUGGUCACGCGGGACCUGCGCGCGAUGAUCAGCGAUGCGGGCUGGACGCUGCGCGGCUGGGCGGCCAAGCCCUUUGCCAUCCUCCUCGCCAGCUUCCGCGAGACGGUCUUCAUCGACGCCGACUCGCUGUUUGUGCAAAACCCCGUCGCGCUGUUCGCGGAGCCGCGCUACCAGCAGCACGGGGCGCUGUUCUUCCGGGAUCGACUGCUGAUGCCGGGCUCCCGCAAGGAGUGGAUUCGGGAGGUUCUCCCUGAGCCGGUCUCGCGGCAGGUCCGCCGCCACAACCGCAUGUGGACGGGACAGAGCAUCCACAUGCAGGAGUCCGGGGUGGUGGUGGUCGAUAAGUGGCGGCAUUUUGUCGCCUUGCUGUUGGUGACGCGCAUGAAUGGCCCGGAUCGCGAAGGGAAUGAGGCGGAGGGGCGGCGUGGGGUCUACGAUAUGGUCUACGGAGACAAAGAAACCUUCUGGUUGGGCUGGGAACUCGCAGGGGACACGGAGUAUGCCUUCCACGAAGGAGCGGCGGCCGUGAUGGGGCCCGUCCAGAGCAGCACGUCGGUUUCACGCGUCGUGCAGGAUAACGCUACCAGCGCAGACAAUCCCCCCACGGCUACCCUUACAGCCCCGUUGCAGAUCUGCGCCCCCCAAAUCCUGCACCUCGGAGUAGACGGCCGGCCGCUCUGGUUCAAUGGGUGGCUGCUGCGGAACAAGUACGCCACUAAGCAGGAAUACGGGACCUUUGAGGGCUUCAUUACCGAGCCCCCCGAUGCCCACGAUGACGGGUCCUGGAAGCUGCAGCAGAAUAACGUUUGCUGUAUGUCUGCGGACCGUGUGACGGGGUUCACGGAUGCGGAGCGGGAGGUGCUGGGGCGGAUGGUGGAGAUUGCGAGGGAGGUGGGGGGUGGAAGAUCAUGAUCUGAGGGAAUGUAACGUGGAAGAGCCUUUAGUUCUAUGUAAUCACGUCAGUGGAGAGCCUAG